AUGUCAUCCAAAACACAGGGCAGCCCAGAUUUUGUUCAGAUAUAUGCAGUCAGAACUCAAAGACACCCUGUUACAAAAUUGUUUACAUUUAGCCUUAUCUUGGAAUUUAUUGCCCUGUGUUUUAAUGUUCUGCACACUGUGAAAUUUGCUGCUGAUGGUAUUGGCUUUGAGGGUCUUGCUGUGGCCGGUGAUAUAAUUGAUAUUAUGAGUAGAACGCUGUUUAUGCUACUACUUCUUCUGUUAGCAAAGGGUUGGGCCGUAACUAGAUUAGAAUUAACUUACAAACCUCUUGUAUUUGGUAUUUGGCUUGCAUAUGGAAUAGUCCACAUCCUCCUAUAUGUAUGGAACACAACAGAAGUUGAUAUAAUAGAAGAAAUAGAUGAGUAUCAAACAUGGCCUGGCUGGUUAGUUCUUACACUGCGUGUUGCCAUCAUGGUAUGGUUCAUUUUAGAGCUAAGGAACACAAUGAUGUAUGAACACAACAUAACUAAACUCAAUUUUCUACUGCAUUUUGGAGCAUCUAGUUUGGUGUGGUUUGUCUACUUGCCAAUCAUAGCGCUAAUUGCAUUACAAAUUAGCCCUUUGUGGAGAUUCAAGUUUUUAUUAGGCAUAACUUACUCGGCCGAUUGUCUGGCUUAUUGCGUCAUGGCGCACUUGCUCUGGCCGACGCGCUCCGAGCAGUAUCUACUCUUGUCCUCCUCCGACUAUACAGCUAAUAUAGAGGAGCUGGACGAGUUCAACGAAUCGCCGCACGUGGUCCACGGCGACACGAUCGCCCUCACCACAGCUGAGAGUGUGAACGCCGACGACGAGGAGGUUAUAUUCAGCCGCACGCCGCAAAAUGGCGUCGCGUUCUCG